AUGGAGGCUUAUGGCUUAUGGCAACUAUUUUGUACUUUGGAGCUUCCUUUGAUACCAAUUUUGGCAGUGAUGGAAAACCAUAAGAUUACAGUUGACAAAGAAGAAAUGGAGAAGACUUCUGCACUCCUUGGGGCUCGCCUUAAAGAACUGGAGCAGGAGGCCCAUUUUGUUGCAGGAGAACAAUUUCUUAUAAUGAGUAAUAAUCAGCUUCGUGAGAUCCUCUUUGGCAAGUUAAAGCUGCAUUUGUUGAGUCAGAAGAAGCAUCUUCCCAGAACUGGGCUUCAGAAACAGCUGUCCACAUCAGAGGCCAUGUUAAAUUCUCUACAAGACCUUCACCCAUUACCCAAGAUAAUUUUGGAAUAUAGACAGGUUCACAAGAUCAAGUCAACUUUUGUAGAUGGAUUACUAGCUUAUAUGAAAAAGGGCUCCAUCUCGUCUACGUGGAAUCAGACUGGAACUGUGUCGGGGAGACUUUCAGCCAAGCAUCCUAAUAUCCAAGGUAUUUCCAAGCACCCAAUUCAGAUUUCUAAGCCUCGGAAUUUUAAAGGUAAAGAAGAGGAGACUGUCACCAUCUCCCCAAGAACCCUGUUGGUCUCCUCUGAAGGCCACGCCUUCCUGGCGGCAGACUUUUCACAGAUUGAAUUGCGCAUUCUUGCACAUUUAUCUGGGGAUCCAGAGCUUUUGAAGUUAUUCCAGGAAUCUGAAAAAGAUGAUGUCUUUUCUACCCUGACUUCACAGUGGAAGGACAUUCCCUUGGAGCAUGUGACACACAUGGACAGAGAACAGACCAAGAAAGUGGUAUACUCUGUGGUCUACGGAGCAGGGAAAGACCGACUUGCUGCUUGCCUUGGAGUCACUGUUCGGGAAGCCACCCACUUUUUGGAGAGAUUUUUGCAGAAAUACAAGAAAAUCAAGGACUUUUCCCAGACAGUUAUUGCCCAGUGUCACCAUGCAGGCUAUGUGACAUCCAUCUUGGGUAGAAGGAGACCUCUGCCAAGGAUCCGUGCACAGGACCAGAAGCUUCAGGCACAAGCAGAGCGACAGGCAGUAAACUUUGUGGUACAAGGUUCAGCCGCAGACCUCUGCAAGCUAGCCAUGAUCCGCAUCUUUGCUGCAGUGGCCGCGUCCCCAACCCUGACAGCCAGGUUAGUUGCCCAAAUUCAUGAUGAGCUGCUGUUCGAAGUGGAAGAUGCUCAGAUCCCUGAGUUUGCAGCUCUAGUCAGAAGGAUCAUGGAGUCCUUGCGACAGGUGCAGAGCCUGGACCUACAGCUACAGGUGCCCCUAAAGGUGAAUUUGAGUGUUGGCCGCUCAUGGGGACACCUGGCCCCAUUGUAGGAGACUCUGGACUCAUCCUGAGCCACAGCAAAUCUCCCUGC